CCCCUCGAACCUAUGGUGAUGGAAAACAGGCCCAUCAUCAAGAGCGCCAAGGUGCCGUCGGUGAUGCUCGGCGGGGUCCUCGUGAACCGCGCGCGGCCGUCCCCCGCGGAGCGGUGCUGGGCGGCGGCCAUGAUGCUGGGGCUCGUGCUGUUCGGUCUAGGGGACCGCCUGGAGUCUCUGCGCUUCAGCCUCUUCGGCGUCCUCCUCCUGCUCGUCAACCUCGUGGGCAGCAGCGCGACCGCGAACCUGCAGCAGAGGGCCCUGCAGGGCGAGCGGCGCCCCCGGGCCGGCGGCUGCGGAGAGGAGGUCGAGUGCCUGAUGCUCGCCCAGUACGCGGUCUCCGCCGCACUGCUGCUGGCCGUGGCGGCGCUGACUGGCGAGCUGGGCGCGGCGGCCGCGUGGUAUGCGCGCCAGGGGCCCGGCGCCGCGGUCGCCACGCUGCUUGACAACGUCCUCUCCUACGCCGGGCUCGAGGGGGUCAUGCGCAUCACCGCCGAGUUCGACUCUACUCGGGCCAACGUCGUGUGCUCCGCCAGGAAGGCGCUUACGUUCUGCUUCUCCUAUCGCACGGCGGCGGACCUCUUCUUCGCCAAGCCCUUCGGCGCCCUCCACGCGGCCGGGCUGCCGCUGGUGCUGGCGGGCGGCGCCGGGCUCCACCGCGCGGGCGCCGCGGGGCGCGCGGGCGAUGCGCGGGGAAAGGC